UGCUCCGCCUCCAUGUUUUUUCAUAUGUACGGAGAGAAGGAAUUCAGAUCCAGCUUUUGUCUUUGACUGCUGCUCUACACGCAAUGGUCAAGAUGACAGGCUCACACACAAUGCAAUACAUCGGACUUCUACUGCUAGCUGCGAUUCUCCUGCAGACAAUUGCCGUGGCUGUGACAUUCAUAUACUUCAGCAACGUAUUAACUACGAUGAAGGAGACAUUUUCAAAGAGCAGCGUCUCUUGUUUGAUGCGCGCCAACCUCAGAACCAUAAAGGGUAUGGAUUUGAGCUCCGCUGAAGGGAAAGACGACCCCUGCUGGCAAGUCACGCAACAGCUCCACUUUCUGAUAGAAAAGUCAAUGUCUAAUCGCUAUCAGAAAGAAAUCUCAUCGGCAGUCAAAGACGAAGUCUCUCGGGUCCUCCCCUCGCUGGUGAUCCAAGACCAGGACGCACACCCUCGGCUCAAGGUUGCUGCUCACGUUACAGGCAGCUAUACACCAGAUGCAGAGAAGGAUGGUGACGGUCCCUCCAACAGGAAGGUGUAUGGCCAGAAGAUCCAUUCGUGGGAGUCUGAGAAAGGCCUGGCUUUCCUCCAGAACGUGCAGCUGAGUGACGGGGAGCUGGUGGUUCCACAGGCUGGCUUCUACUACAUCUACUCCCAGACCUACUUCAGACACACGCUCAUGGAGGAGGAGGAAGAGCACGAGGAAGAUGACAGUGCAUCGACAGAGACGGCCCGGGGCAAGCCCAUGCUGCAGUACGUCUAUAAGAAAGUUGGCUCGUACCCGGUGCCCAUCCUCCUGAUGAAGAACGCACGGACCACAUGCUGGUCACGGGACGCAGAGUAUGGCCUGUAUUCGAUCUACCAGGCGGGGCUCUUCCAGCUGGAGGGUGGAGACAGGUUAUUUGUUACCGUCAGCAAUGUGAGCACCAUCGACAUGGACGAGAAGUCAAGUUUCUUCGGUGCCUUUUUGGUCAGCUAAGGCCCGGGCGGAGGGAAGAGGGGGUCGGUUAACGUUUGGAACGUACGCAGCCCCUCUCUGUCGGGGGGGCGAGCGUCAGGACUUGGCUUCCUUGGCACGCUCCCUUUGUAGCUGGUCUAAAAACCAUCUGUAUAUGUGUGCUGCAAUACGCUGUUCCUAGCCGGAGAUCUUCACCUGGUGGACGAUGUUGCCAGAAGGUGGGCACAUUCAGCUAGAUGGACCUGGAGCGGACACGGAGGCCCAACGGAAUGGCAGGCGAUGGACGUCACAUCUACUUGGAAGGUGGGAACAGCAAGGGGAACGGCAAGGUCAUUUGGGAGCGAGUUGUUUAGGCACAGUGGGAUGCAACCUUGGAAAAAGGAAGAAAGUGCUGCUCAGGAAGACUGGGAUUCCUGUGCUGUACAGUAGAUGGAAAGUCGUGACAUUGGCAUGUCAGAGAACUAGAUAGCAUGUGAAAAUACCGAGCUGAGAAAUGCUAAACGGUUUCUGUAUUUGCUGUCAUCCUUAGAAAGUGAUGUUAUAACAUUGUUUUAGAUUUGUAAAACGUGGGAUGUGUUAAAAUGAAGCAUCACUGCUGUGGAGUCUGAAUAAAUUACUUAGUUACCUUCUGUCACUUUAUUUUAUAAAUGUGUUUUCACUGACAAAGGUCACCAUUUGAUAUGUUGUCAGUGUUCAUUUAUGGAUAAUUUGAGCCAGAAUGAUCAACAUUUGUUUGUGUAACAGCUUAUCAACAUUGUUGUGACACUGUAAAAUGAUAAAUCACCUUCUACUUGAUAUCACAGCUGUACAAAUUUAGCAGUAUUUCACUGAAGCUACUGGAUUGCAUAGAUUUUACAAUGUUACACUAGAGAGUGCACCAAAUAAAGUUUUUCCAUAUCA